AUGUGUGUGAUGUCUCAUUGUCUAAUUCAUUUUAUUUUACAGAGAUCCAGACGUAAUCUCCCAUCAUACGCACCGCCAAAUACUAGCAUUGAUGAUUCAUUUGAUAUAAUUGAUAAUGAGAAACAUAGGGAUGAAACAUAUCUACAGUCUACGGACGACGAUACUGCAAAUAGUUCAAAUUUAAAUAACGACUUGACGGAUACUCUGAUGGAUGAUAUAACGAAUGAUGCUGAUGACUCGGAUUCGAACUAUAACGAAACAUGCUUGCCAGAUCAAAGACCAAUGACUGACAUCGAGACACCGCGGAAUACUUUGUUGUCAGAUUCAGUUGCAACUUCUAGUCCUCCUCUGCUAGAUGCUGACAGCAACGUUAUUAUCGAAGCGAACGCAAACAUUCUGGCUGAUAACAGUAAUAAUUCAGUUAUCCAAAAUUCUGAUUAUUUAAAUGUGUUGGAACAACCUCAGAACCCAAUGCAUAGUGAAAGUGGUCAAUCGUGUCUUACUAUAACUAACCAGUCCUUAUCAAACGUAUUGGAACAAUCUCCGUACCAAAUGCAUGUAAAACUAAGUAAUCCUAAUGAAUGUAAUCUCACAAAAAAUCACACAAUAACAAGCCAAUCAUUAUCACAAGACCAUACCACUGAGAUACAAGAUUCAGUACCUACUACGUCAAGUGGCGCUUCCAAUGAUGGCAUUCCUAAUUUUUCUAAUGACAAUAGCUCUGAGUUUGACGACUCUGACAAAGAUCCAACGUACAUUUCUGCAUUCGAGAAACCCUCCAGUAUCACAAGUUAUACUGAAGAAACGGAAGAAGUAUUGAAUAAGACACAUCAAAAUCAGCAAUUGUGUCUUAGACGUCGUAGCUUAGAGGAACCCCAGGAUUUGACAAGUUGCCAAAAGACGAAAGAGUUGAAAAGAACCAGAGCCAGGGAUUAUUGUUUUUUUUGUGAGGUCGAUGUGCUAAAUUUUGCGAGACAUCUAUUGCGGAAUCAUUGUACGGAACCCGAAGUACAAAAUAUUAUCUCUCAUCCUACGAAAAGUUGCGUACGCAAAAACCUAAUAACCAACUUACGCAAAAGAGGAAACUAUAUUCGGAAUGUUAUAAAAUGUGUUAAACCUAUGAAAAAGAGUAAUGUUUAUCCACACAUCGAUUACUUACCAUGUGAAAAAUGUUUAGGCUUCUACUCUAGGAAACAAUUGUGGAAACAUAAGAAGACAUGUCAACCGUUAUCCGAUACCGCCAACACUCAAGUUCAGUCUCAAAAUUUUAUGUUACGCAACCUAAAUAUUGACAAAAAAACUUAA